AUGACGAGAAAGAUCAGUGCUACAGGUGCAUACCUAAUGGCAGCGGUGAUGUUUGCCGUCUUUGUUAGUGAAUGUGCAUCCGAUAACCAUUCAAAUGUAAUUUUCGAAAAAGUUCGUUUGUCUGUGUCUAACGACAUAUAUGACGGGAUCAGUCUAAACAUUCACUGCAAAUCCAGAGACGAUGAUUUAGGCGAGCAUGAAUUAGCACAUGGUGAGAAUUUCCAAUGGAAGUUUAGAAUUAAUAUUCUUGAUUCAACACUGUUCUGGUGCAAUAUGUGGUGGAAUGACGUAAAUGGAAGACUAAUUAAAGGCAGCUAUGUUAUAUACGAGGCAAAAAGAGAAUGGAACCGGUGCGAGAAUGAAUGCAAUUUUUCUGUUGAUUCAUUUGGCAUCUCUGAAUACAUGCUAAGCACUAAGAAGUACCAAGAGGUGUAUCAAUGGCCCCUUCAACCUUGA